GAGCGGAAGUGGCCGUGACCCGGAAGCACGGACUCACGUGUUGCGGCUCUCGGUGGCCUGGUAAACUAGGAUGGUUUUAGAAGGGAACAAUAAACGGAAGAAAAAGAAAACCCCCCAGAAGUGGGAGAACCCGGAGCUUGGCAUUCCAGGGAAUCUCACCGGGGACUAUGUGGUGGGACAAGUCUCCGACAGUUUAUUCCUCGGCAAGUCUCCUUCCAGAUGCAGCACAGGUCGGCUGGCGUCCCUCUUCAGCUCUUGUGAGCCGCAGUUUCAGCCCGUUUACGUGCCGGUGCCUACAGAAAACACCAACAAAAGGAAACAGGAUGAGAAGGAAGAAAAUCCGUCCCCGAAUAAAAAACCACGGUUGCAAGAACAUACUAAAAAGAUGAACGUGAAGAAAUGUUCUGAUGCAGAGAAACAAACGGCAGAAAGAGAAAAUGCUUUAGCAAGUGCUGAUUUAGAAGAAGAAUUUAACCAGAAAAGGAGGCAGAAAAGGAAAACUUCUCAAUCUGGUACUAUUGUAGCAGAUAAAAAUGUACUUGACAGUGUAGAUCACACAAUUGUAAAUCAAAAAAAGAAGAUUCAAAUCAAUCAAGAAGAGGAGAGAUUAAAGAAUGAAAGAACAAUUUUUGUUGGGAAUUUGCCUGUCACAUAUACUAAAAAGAAGCUGAAGUCACUUUUUAAAGAGUAUGGACAAAUAGAAUCUGUACGAUUUCGUUCUCUGAUUCCAGCAGAGGGUACGAUGUCCAAGAAGUUGGCAGCAAUAAAACGUAAAAUUCAUCCUGAUCAGAAAAAUAUCCAUGCUUACGUUGUGUUUAAAGAGGAGAGUUCUGCUGCAAAAGCAUUGAAAAGGAAUGGAGCCCAAAUUGCAGAUGGAUUUCGUAUCAGAGUUGAUUUAGCAUCUGAGACCUCAUCUAGAGACAAGAGAUCAGUGUUUGUGGGGAAUCUUCCAUACAAAGUCGAAGAGUCUGUGGUUGAGAAGCACUUUUUGGAUUGUGGCAGCAUUGUGGCCGUAAGGAUUGUGAGGGACAAAGUCACAGGAGUCGGCAGAGGCUUUGGCUAUGUACUCUUUGAGAAUACAGAUGCUGUGCACCUUGCUUUGAAAUUAAAUAAUUCUGAACUGAUGGGAAGAAAACUCAGAGUCAUGCGUUCUGUUAAUAAGGAAAAAGCAAAAGAAAGUUCACAUCACAGUUUGAAAAAUGUCAGUAAACCUAAGCAAGGUGUGAAUUAUACUUCAAAAGUCGUCAGCCAUCCUAAAGGUUUGUUUGUUGGAGAGAAGGCUCUUCCUACUAAGAAGAAAAAGAAAGGACAGAAAAAAAGUGGACAAACUAAGAAACGGUCAAAACAGAAGUAGCAGACAGAAGCUGUUUGUCCCACUGCAUAUUGUUGAUGAAGUCGUUGUAAAGCCAUGUAUAGGUUUUACAGAAACUUACGGAUGGUGUCUGUAAAACUUACAAAUUUGUAAUUGUACAUUUGCUGUUGGAGCAUUAGAUGUACUUGGAUUCAUCGCUGUGGAUUGUCACAGCUCAGUGACUUUCUGCCUUUUUAUCCGUGUGGACUGGCAUUGGAACAAGCUGAAAAAGUUACGUAGCAGUAACUUGUUGGGGGGCUCACAGGAAACCAAUGUUAGAAAACUGUUGGCUUUUUCCACUCUGGAGGGUCCAUGUUCUUUCUUGAACCGUUUAUCACUUUCGCUUUCCCCUCACAUUUCUCUAAAUAAAUUUCUUUAAAACUA